AUGCCAGGAACGCAUGUGAAGAUCGUAAACUAUUUAUAUGGAAACUUGGAGAUGAGAGUUCAUUGCCGAUCUAAAGAUAAUGACCUGGGGAAGCAUCUUCUUCGUGCUGAUCAGAGUUUCGAGUUCAGUUUCAACCCUAAUAUUUUGGGCACCACUCUGUUCCAUUGUAGCUUUAAAUGGGACGGUUCUUGUAAGUGGUUUGUGAUAUACGACGAUGGAAGGGAUGCGUAUAAUUGCAAUGACGCUACGUGCAUUUGGCAAAUCACGCAAGAUCGACCAUGUCAGGUUAAUGCUCCUGAUAACGGUUUGCUUUGCUAUCCCUGGAAUGGCCAGUAA